UUGGUUUUAUCAUCAGUAUUGUCGGAAGGAGACUGGCUCGAAAUUGCAAAUAAUUUUGAAGAAUUGUCCAAUUUCAUUCACUGCAUUGGUGCUAUCGAUGGAAAACAUGUAACAAUUCAAGUAUGUGUUCCAAUGUUCACUGUCGUUGUCGAUGAAACUCAUUUUUUGUUGAUACAACUGAUACAACAUUCAAACCAAUUCAAACACGUCUAUUUUUUGCUCGAGUUGGGCCUUUCUGAACUUCAAGCGGCAAAACGACGCAUCGACCAAAAGCGCCAGAGUGGGAAGAGCCGCUAGCGUUUUGACGCUACGUGAAAUUGCACCUUAACACAAAUUUGAGAGUUUCAUCACCGGUAGCUACGUGGAAGUUAUUGGAAAGGUUAUUUAGAAGGUAUAUGAAAGAAGAUAUAUGAAGAUAUAUGUUUUGAAAAAUUUUGAUUAAUUGCAUUUAGCAUAUUUUGUCAAAAUUUAUUAAUUUUCAACAAACCGUGCACCGAUUUAGGAUACUGCUAUACCACAAUACUGAAACGAAUUCAAUAGAUGAACGAAGCAAUAACAAUGAAUUCUGACAAAAAAUCAGAAUUUUUGGAAAAAGAAAUGAUAUUAAGUGAAAGAAAAAAAGAAUGGUAUUUAGAACAACAACAACUACUACAGAAGCACGAGGAACGAAAACAGAAACUGAUUAAAGAAUAUGAAAGAAAAUCAGAACUUUUGGAAAAAGAAAUAAGAUUAAGUGAAAGAAAAAUGGAAUGGUAUUUAGAACAACAACUACUACGGAAGCACGAGGAACAAAAACAGAAUAUGAUUAAAGACUAUGAAAGAAAACGGGUUGAGGCUUUGAAAAAUCAGCGAAGAUUUUCACAACGAAGCAAGAGCAAUAGUCCACAGCGAAGAAAAACUCUCUCCACUGACUCUGAACAUUUUAAAGAGUAAAUAAGAAAGAUAUAGAAAAAUUAAAGAUUAUAUAUAAAUUUAAU